AUGUUACGCUGCAUCACAUUUGUAUGGCGCUGUGCAGCGAAAGGUGGUAAAGAUAGCAAAAACCACUUUUCCUCGGCACGGCGUACUCUCAUUUACUCUCGUAUGCCUUCCUCCAACCCUUCCUCUGUUUCAUUUUCUCUGCCUGACGGUGGGGUUGACGACGGCAAGCUAGCAAAGUGUUUUUCUUCCACACAAGCAGGAAAAGGUGAAGGAGAUAUGGCUGCAUGUGAAGGCGCUAAGGCUUCAGGUGGGGGUCCACUGCAGAACUUCGACAGUGAGCUGAACUUCCCCAAGAUGGAGGAGGAGGUGCUGCAGCACUGGGCCAAAGUGGACGCAUUCCGUGAGUCACUCAGGCAGUCGGAGGGAAAGAAGCCAUAUACUUUCUUUGACGGACCUCCGUUCGCGACGGGUUUGCCGCACUAUGGCCACUUGUUGGCCGGUACCAUCAAGGACACUGUGUGCCGUUACGCUCACCAGACCGGACAUCACGUGGAGCGUCGUUUUGGCUGGGACUGUCAUGGACUUCCAAUUGAGUUUGAGAUUGAUAAGCACCUCGGGAUUAAGUCUUCGCACGAUGUGAAUAAGUUCGGCAUCGAUAACUACAACCGUGAGUGUGAGAGCAUUGUGAUGCGCUACUCUUCGGAGUGGCGCAAGACGGUGAGCCGCAUGGGACGCUGGAUUGACUUUGAUAAUGACUACAAAACCAUGUAUCUUUCCUACAUGGAGAGCGUCUGGUGGGUGUUCAAGCAGUUAUGGGAAAAAAAACUUGUGUAUCGCGGCUUCAAGGUAAUGCCUUUCUCAACAGGGUGCACCACACCGCUCAGCAAUUUCGAGGCCAACCAAAACUACAAGGAUGUAAGCGACCCCUCUGUGAUGGUGACCUUCCGGACGAAGGAUGAUCCCAAUACCUAUAUGCUGGCGUGGACCACAACUCCGUGGACUCUUCCGAGUAACUUGGCACUUUGCGUGCAUCCCGAUUUGGAAUACGUGAAGGUUCUGGACAACCAGACAAAGCGUCAUUACAUUUUCGGUGAGGCUCGUCUCAGUGAAGUUUAUCCGGCAAAGAAAAAGAAGGGCGACAACAAGAAUGAAACACAGGAGCCGCCAUACACCAUUGUGAGUCGCAUGAAGGGAACUGAUCUUAUCGGCACCAAGUACGAGCCCCUUUUUCCGUAUUUCGAGAAGACCUUUGGUGAGACGGCGUUCCGUGUCAUCAGCGACACGUACGUGACAACAGACACCGGUACGUGUAUUGUGCACCAGGCCCCUGGUUUUGGUGAGGAGGAUUGUCGCAUCUGCAUCUCCAAUGGUGUCUUGUCGAAAGAGCAGUUACUGUGCCCCGUUGACGAGAACGGCGCAUUUACUUCCGAAGUGGUCGAUUUCAGUGGUCGUUACGUGAAGGAAGCGGAUCCGGAUAUUCUAAAACAUCUCGAGUCAAGGGGUCUGGUUCACAGCAAGGGGUCCAUUGUCCACAGCUACCCAUUCUGCUGGCGUAGCGAGACUCCACUGCUCUACAAGGCUGUUGAUGCUUGGUUCGUCAAUGUGGAGGCAAUCAAAGACCGUCUGUUGGUAGCGAAUGCCAAGACAGAAUGGGUACCUGAUUUCGUUAAGACACGCCGUUUCUCCAACUGGUUGGAGGAUGCGAAGGACUGGAAUGUCUCUCGUAACCGUUACUGGGGCACGCCACUGCCUAUCUGGCACAGCGAGGACUGGGAGGAGGUUGUUUGUGUUGGCAGUGUGGCGGAACUGGAGGAACUUUCGGGUGUAACAGGCAUCACAAACAUCCACCGACAUUUUGUGGACAAUAUCACUAUUCCAAGCAAGAGACCGGGCAAACCACCGCUACGACGUGUUGAGGUUGUGUUCGACUGCUGGUUUGAGUCCGGCUCGAUGCCGUAUGCCCAGUCGCAUUACCCAUUUGAGAACAAGGAGGGCUUCCUGGAGGAGCGAUUUCCGGCGGACUUCGUAGCAGAGGGGCUUGACCAAACUCGCGGUUGGUUCUACACGAUGCUUGUUCUGGGUGUUGCUUUGUUUGACGUCGCCCCCUUCAAAAAUGUCGUUGUUAACGGAUUGAUACUCGCAGAGGACGGAAAGAAGAUGAGCAAGCGACUGAAGAAUUACCCGGAGCCAUCGAUUGUCAUCAACACACACGGUGCAGAUGCGUUGCGUAUGUACAUGAUCAAUUCCCCUGUGGUGCGAGCAGAGCCUUUGCGAUUCCGCGAACAAGGAGUUAAGGGCAUUGUGAAGGAUGUGAUGCUCCCUCUUUUCAAUGCGAGCAAGUUCUUCAUUGCGAAUGCAAACUAUUGCGUUCAGGCCGGUGGAAAUGUAUCAGUCGACGUGGUAAGUACGAACGAGAUGGAUCGCUGGAUUCUUGCGUCCACGCAAACGCUGCAGCAGUAUGUGAAGCGGGAGAUGGAGCUGUAUCAUCUCUUUAAUGUUGUCCCUGGUGUUCUGCGUUUUGUGAUAGAUCUCUCCAACUGGUAUGUCCGUAUGAAUCGCCGCCGUAUGAAGAACGCUGUGGAUCAGGAUGACCGCUCUCAGGCCCUCUCGACCAUGUUAACGGUCCUAUUUUCGGUCAGCCGCAUCAUCUCACCCAUCGCCCCGUUUGUGGCAGAGAUGUUGUAUCAGCGCAUCAAGCCACUGCUCCCUGCGGCACAGCAGGUGGACUCCGUGCACUAUCUCAUGUUCCCUGACGACGAUGCGAAGAGACACGACGAGGCACUGGAACGUGCCAUGACGCGCAUGAUGACUAUUGUUGACCUUUGUCGCGUGCUGAGAGACCGCAUGGUUAUUCCCAUAAAGCGACCGGUGCGGCAGGUGAUCAUCGUGCACCCCGAGCAGUCCUAUCUGGACGACGUGGAGAAGGUGGUUCAAUACAUCAAGGACGAAGUGAAUGCGUUCGACGUUGUAUUGUCCUCUGGUGACGAAUACGUCACGACACAGUUGGACGCCAACAUGGAGGCGUUGGGCAAACGCUACCGCAAGGAGGCACCUCAGAUUCGCAAGGCCAUCCAGGCGAUGGAGCCGGAGGCGGUGGCGCAGUUCCUGAAAACAGGUCAGGCUGAGCUGUGCGGAAAGAGCAUCUCACUUGAGGACGUCAAGGUUCUUCGAAAAUUCAAGGAGGGCAUCACCGAUUUCGAAAGCAACACAGACAAUGAUGUGGUGGUUCUUGUUGACAAGCGUGAGGAUCAGGCUCUCGUUGAUUCCUGGCGUGCGCGCGAGUUUGUUAAUCGCGUGCAACAGCUUCGCAAGAAGGCAAAGCUCGUCGUGACAGAUGUGGUGGAAGUUUACUACGAAGCUGAGGAUCCUGAACUCGCAAAUUCCAUCGUCAACUCCAGGGAUCAGGUGAAUGCGACCAUAAGAGGUAAAUGGGCACCGCUUGCGGAACUCCCCGCUGGGGCAAAGUUGAUUGCUGAGGAAGAUAACUCUAUUUCUGGUGUUGGCAUCAGGAUUGUUUUCACAGAACCCUCCGCUUGA